CUUUCAGCAGGUAGGGGCUCCUCGCGUCUCAGCGGUGAAGCGACGCACCUGCGGAGAACGCUGUCGUCGCUGAUCAAAUGAAGCUGCUCGCGAGCACGUUGCUGCUCCUUUGGGCCCUGACAGGAGCGGUGAAUGGCCAAUUCAACAGUGUCAGCGAAAGAAAAUGCGAAGAGUUCUUAAAAAAAAUUUCGAGACCGGUCCUAUUUUUGCCACUUACUGCAGUCGGCAAUCCACAAUCCUUUGAUGUACAAGAAUGUGAUGCCAGCAAUGUGCACCUCAUUGUUGGUGGCGAAGAAGCCAAAGUUGGCGAGUUUCCUCACAUGGCAGCCCUGGGCUACGGAGAGGGCGAGUGGCUGUGCGGAGGCAGCCUCAUUAGCGAGCGCUAUGUGCUCACUGCGGCCCACUGCAUCGGCAACGACAGGGUUGGAGAUCCAAGAAUAGUGCGUCUUGGUGAACACGAUUUUGCCAGUGACAAUGAUGGUGCCUCGCCUGCCGAUUACGGCGUGGAAAGGGUCAUCGUGCACCCAGAAUAUCGUCCACCAAGGAAGUACAACGAUAUUGCCCUGAUCAGAUUGGACAGAGAUGUGAACUUCACACAGAAAAUCAGACCAGCGUGUUUGACGGACGUGUCGCCACCAAUCGGAAAUAUGGUCACAGCGUCCGGCUGGGGCAGAGUUGGAUUUUCUGAAGACCAGAGUCCGAAGCUACUAAAAGUUGCCUUCCCUGUGGUGAGCGAGCGGCAGUGCACGGAGCUGUGGGCAGGCAGCAUCAAGGUUUCCACAAGCACCCUUCCCCGUGGCAUAGACCACCGACUGAUGAUGUGCGCCGGUCGGCUCGAGGGCGAGAAGGACACGUGCUUUGGCGACUCCGGGGGCCCGUUGACGGUGCGUAGCGCCCAGAACACCUGCGUCAGCUACGUCGUCGGCGUCACCUCGUUCGGACGCGUCUGUGGAGGCAAAAACUCACCAGGCAUUUACACCAGGGUGUCGCAGUUCUUGCCUUGGAUCGAGCAAAACCUCUGGCCCUACGAGCAAAACUUUUAGUAUAAUGGAAAAAAUAGAUAAAUUUUUAUGAAUUGACUGCUAAUUUAAAUUUAAUCAAAAUUAAGAAAGAGUGCCAUUUUAAAAAGAGUAUAGAAAUCAAAUGUGGCACUUAAAUGUAGCGCCAGAAUGAAAAUUUGAUGUAACAAAAUUCAUGAAAUUAACCAAAUGGAGUAGACUUUUCAGAGCAUUUGCGUGCAAAUAAAAGUAAUAUCUUUAUUUAAGUUUACAAAAAA